AUGGCGAAGGAAAGGGGAAUCUUUGGCAAAAAGAUAACUUUCAGCAUCACUGCGCCUGCGCGAUGCAGCGCUGGCGGCCAGGCGGCGGCGGCGGCAGCGCCGCCUCCUCCUCCAGGAGGAAUUCGGAACUCGCCCGACAAGACUCCGGGUCUUCAGUACUCGCCCACGAAGUUGUCUACGCCGCCGCCGACGCCGCCGCAGCCCAAGAACUCGUGGUCUACGACGACAGCGCCGCAACGGCCGCCGUUUCCUCUAGAGGUUCGGCAUACACCCAAGAACUCGUCGUCUGCGACGAUGCCUCCCCCUCGAGUGGUUAGUUCCUCGCCCAGGAACUCGUCCUCCACGACGACGACGCCGGCGCCGUCAACGUCGUUCCCAGGACUUUCACCUUCACCGCCGAAGGAUCCGUCGCCGCAGCCGCCGGCGCUUCCGCUGGCGUCAACGUCGUCUUCGCCCUCCUGCGCGACCAUUGAGGAUGAGGGUAUAGUCCAAUCUCAUCCUCUGCUCACGGGUGAUGAGAGUAUCAACUCUAGGCCAUUUAAGCUGUUGGCUAGCAAGAGAACAUAUCUCCCAUCCCCAAAUGUGCUCAAUAAUGCCGCAGCCAAAGAAGGGCAAUUCUUUCACCAUAUGACAACGGAAAGCCAGGUGCCCAACAAUGGAGCCGGAGCUAAGGAAAAGGACGAAGGAGCCAGCAUUGGCAUACACAGAAAUAGAGAUGGAUUACUGGAACUGGCCUCUCAGGAGCCAUCCAAGAUCAAGGAGCAAAAAACUGAGUGUGAUUACCAAGACCAGAAUGAAGAUACAGAGGAAAAUGAUCACGCAGUCUCGUUUAAGCUAUUGGCUAGCAACAAGAUAUACCCCCAUCGUCCUGUCCUGUUGAAGACACUACAAUGCAAGAGUUUAACAGAAGUUGUCAAACACAAAUCUUACAGAAAGACAGGAAGCAGCAGUAGCCAACAAAAUGAUCUUGCAUCACACAGUGCAGAUAAUUCAAUAAAGUGCUGCUGUCACACUCAUCCAAUGAGCAGGCUAGAUCAGUUUCUUUUGAAGAGAGAGCUUACAAAGACCAUAGAACUGCCAGGAACAUCGAGGUCUUGUAGAGUCACAACUUCUGCACGGCUGGAAAUCAGGCUCAUACUCAGGAGAAGUAUAAGACUUAUAUACAAAUUACAUAGAGAAGGAUAUAGCCUCGAGGGGUCCUUUGGUUUGCGAAGCUUCUGGGUAGAUGACAACUUAUUUGUCACUCUUGAGUACAAAGAAGAAGAUCGGAAGAACUACAGCAAGCAAGGUGCUCGUAAAGAUUUACAGAGUUUUGUGAAAAUGGUACAGUCAGAAAUCUUUGGAUCUCAAGAUAUGCCAAGUGAGAUCAUGCGAUGGCUUUCAUUGAUACAAAAAGGUGGUACUGACUAUGAGUACCUAAUUUCUUAUGACUGUGCUUUGAUGGAGCAUAAUCAGAUAUUGUCAACUUUCAUGCAAUUGUAUUCAAAGCUUCAAACCAUGAAGAAAUCCGACUAUAUUGGAUACAAGUUUGUCCUAGAUGAGUUGAAACACUUCAAUGGUUGGUCUGGACGUGAUCUACAUAACCAGUACUUCACUGAGACAUACCUUGGGAGAGAUAAAAAAAAAAGGAAGUGGAGAGACCGAGGAAGAUGGAAGAGAAGCUAUGGAACUGAUGUAAUGUCACUGUUGAGGCUGAUCAGAAAUACGUUUCAACAUAUCACAUUGAAAAGAUUCGACAAAAGUGGAAAUAUCAUUUUUGAUGAAGAAAACUACGAGUACAUUUUGGACGACCAGUUUCCUAGGAUUCUUCCCGAAUUUAUGGAAGCCAUGUACAUUGCAGCAUACUUAGCAGAUCUAAACUUAGAGCAUGUUAUGGUUUGA